AUGGCCGUGCCGCGGGAGCCGCCCGCCGCCCCGGCGCUGCCGCCGCCCGCCCCCGCCGGCCCCGCCGCCGCCGGCGCGCCCUCGUUCGGCGCGGCCCGCGCGCUGGUGGCGCGGCGCCACUCGUGCCUGGUGGCGGCGGCGCACCGGCGGCACGUGGCGCUGCCCCCGCGCUUCCUGGGCCGCAAGCGCUCCGGCAUCCGCGCGCAGCUGGACGCGGAGCUCCUGCGCUACUCGGAGAGCCUGCAGGGCGUGCCCGUGGCGUACGACAACAUCAAAGUGGUGGGGGAGCUCGGCGACAUCUACGAUGAUCAGGGGUUCAUCCACCUGGACGUGGAGGCGGACUUCAUCAUCUUCAGCCCCAAGAAGGGGAAGAAGCUGGUGGGUGUAAUUAAUAAAGUGGCCCCUAGUCACAUUGGCUGCCUGAUACAUGGGUGCUUCAAUGCAUCUAUCCCCAAGCCUGAACAAAUGUCCCCUGUACAGUGGCAAGAGCUGGGGUUAAAAAUAGGGGAUGAACUGAAAUUUCAAGUGUUGCACUUGGAUUCUGAUACAGCUGGGGUGUUCUUCAUUCGAGGAGGACUCACUAAAAGCAGCAUGCGGCCCAAAAAAUCUGCUGCAGUCCCUGAAAGUACAAAUGGGGAUGAAAUUCAAAAUCUUGAGCACCAGGAAAAUGGCCUGAAUAACUGUGGAGAAGAUAAUGUCACUGAAGAGCCUUUAAAUGAGAUGGGUAACCUGGAGAGGGAAAAUGAAGAGCCUUUAAAUGAGAUGGGUAACCUGGAGAGGGAAAAUGAAGAGCCAGGUGCUGAUGCUGUGAAUGGAUUAUGUGAUGACAAAAAGAAGAAGAAGAAAAAGAAAAAAGAUAAGGACAAGGACAAACAAGGAGAACAGGAACUUGUAUUGCCUACCAGUGACUCCAGUGGUUACCAAAGUGACCAUAAAAAGUCAAACAAAAAGAAAAGAAAGCAUUGUGAUGAAGUUGAAGAAAGUGAAUUAUCUCAGCUGUCAGAAAAACCCAAAGCAAAAAAGAAAAGGACUAAGGUCUGAAGUGUCUUCCCUGCAUUACAUUUCAGAUGUUUUUGAUAAGUUUCAAUAAAACCCUGUUUUGAAAA